GAUUGACUUGCUCUGUCCUUAAAGGCUUCGCUGCUUCGUACAGUACCGAGCGUCUCAUUGUAUUUUUACUGCCUGAAGUGAAUAUUCAUUUCGUUGCUGAGGUCAUACGUAGCAAUUACAGACAUGAAUGGUGUGGCUUUUAUUUUUUUAAGUACACCCCCCCCCCCCCCCCCCCAAGUAUAGUUCCACACGUAUUGCAGAUUUAUGGGUAAGAGUAUUUCGUUCGCCACCAAUUGUGCGUGAGAGAGGCCUGUCGUUUUCAACAUAGGUGGACCUGACUAUGAGAGACCAAAUGAGGAAGGAGGAAAAAAAAAUCCAGAAACUCACAUUGUCUGAUUGUGAAAGAAUUUAUGAGCAAAUUAUGGUGGAAAAGAAGUAUUUGGGCACCUCCAGACUAACGCAAGAUUUCUGGCUCUCACAGACCUGUAACUUCUUCUUUAAGAGGCUCCUCUGUCCUCCACUCAGUUACCUGCAUGAAUAGAACCUUUGGGUACAAACUCGACUUGUCGUCAUGCGUUGGGGCCAGGAUGACUGAUCCGUGGAAAGGGAAGAAUGAAUGGGACCGUCCGUGUAUGGGGAGUUUUUGAGUAAAAACCUCCUUUCAUCAGCCAGGGCAUUGAAGAUGAAAUGUGGCUGGGUCUCUCAGCAUGACAUGGACCCCAAACACAUCGCCCGGGCAACGAAGCAGUGGCUUCGUAAGAAGCAUUUCAAGGUCCUGGAGUGGCCUAGCCAGUUUCCCGAUCUAAACCCCAUAGAACAUCCUUGGAGGGAGUUGAAAAUCUGCGUUGGCCAGCGGCAGCCCGAAAACAUCACCGCUCUCGAGGAGAUCCUCCAUGGAGGAAUGGGCCAAAAUUCCAGAAACGGUGUGAAAACCUUGUGAGGACGCACAGAAAACAUUUGACCUCUGUCAUUCCCGACAAAGGCUAUAUAAUAAAGUAUUGAGAUCAAGUGUUGUUAUUGGCCAAAUGCUUAUUUCCCACCAUAAUUUGCUAAUAAAUUCUUUAAAAUGUGAUUUUCUGGAUUCCCCCCUCAUUUUGUCUCACAGGUGAGGUAUACCAAUAAUGACAAUUAACAGGCCUCGCUCAUCUUUUUAAGUGGGAGAACUUGCACAAUUGCUAAAUAUUUAAAAAAAAAAAAAAAAAAUCUAUUCAGAAGAAAUAUUUGUCAACAUUUUAACAGAAAUCAUGAAACUUUUGUUUCGGACACCUAACGGCGAAGACGGUAAACUAAGUUGCAUUGCGUGCAGAGGGCACGUUGGCAGUGUAUGUUCCUGUGACGAGCGCAAGGGUGUCUGUGACAUCAAUUGCUGCUGCGACAGAGAGUGCAGUCAGGAGAUCGCCCUGUUCACUGGCUGCUCAAUGCUCACCGUCAGUAGCAACACGGAGUUGUGCAGCCAUGCUGCAGCAUCAUAUGGUUUGCAGUAUACUGUAGAGGGCUACUCAGAGCUGCAGUCCUUUGUCCAGAAGGAGACUCGUCAUCACAGUUUAUGCAUUCAGUCACAUUAUCGUGUUGAUGGAUUUUAUUUUCCGGCCCCUACUCUUCCACUGGCCAGAAACUUUGACUCGCUCUUCAAACAGUUUAAUAGGUUUGCUUUCAGUUCACCGGAGAAUAAUGACAUGUCUACACGUACUCCUGCUGUGCUCCACAAAUUGUAUCAGUAUGGAGAUGCAAUCAUGUCCGCUCAAGUCAAUGGGAAAAGAGGAAUAUUUUGCCUGCCAACUACCAGUGUUUCUGUCCAAUGCGUUGACCAGAGUCCUGCAGCGUUUCUAGUGGACAGGAGAAGUCGUUGUUCCCGGCGUGUAGUUCUGAAAGAGGACUGCGGCUCUCUACGAGCCCUAAGCCUAGAUACCUACACGAAGGUCGUGCUCUAUGCUGGGAAGGAUGAAGAUGCCACUCUUGUUCCUAUGAAGAUGGCUUCAGUCAUAUUGCAGUCUUUAGAUGGCACCCAAAACGAAGUCAGGAUCGAUGAAGAGAAGAAUAUGAGGCCAUAUCUCAUUAAUUCAAAUGUGUGCGCAAAUGUUGUGGUGAAGGUUGUAUAUUUGGUGACGUACAAUAUGGCAGGCCAAAUAGUGAACGCAGCAGUCCGUCUGCUGCUUGGGAAUUUUCAUGUCACACCACUUACCCUGGAGCAGGAGUUUUCUGUCCAAUUUUUUCAGGAGAAGAAUAAGAACGUGCCAGUCCAUAAGAGCGGAAAUCCAGGUUAUGUCGUCGGACAGCCUAUUUUGUCUGGACAAGUAAUUUCUGAAGAAAGGGUGCUGACCAUCAACCCCGGAGACACACUGUCUCUUCUCCAGAGUUCCGCAAACCACAACUGUAUGAACGGUCUUCAUCAGCGCUCCCCUGUCUUGUUUGGUGUAGAAUCGAUGUCUGGCUGCACAUUAAGACUGGAGGAUACAGAAGACUGCUCCCUUGUUUCCCAAAUCAUUCUUGACGUUCUGCAAGGACAAACCUAUCCCCAAUAUGUUGCUACAUUCGCAAACUCGGCAUUAGACAGUGACCUUGACUGGGUGCCCAUCGAGCACAACUAUAAUCACAGGGACUCACAUGUUUGCAACAUCCCAUUGGCACUUCACUUACAAAUUGAAUGGACCAAAUAUGGACACUUGUGGAAUCCCCAAGCUCAGAUUGUGAGCAUCGAGCAAGUUAUCCUAACCGGUGACACCAGUUUGACUCGUCUGACCAGAGGCAGUGAUGUGUCAAUUCAGAGUUCAGUGAGCUUCAAAGAAAUCGCCAGUGCUGCUCUCCCUGGUUACAGAGCUACACCGACCAUCAACGCCAAGCUGCCUGUUGACUUCUUCUUUCCAUUUGUUUGAUUCAGCGACUUCUAACAGACUGUGAAAGUCCGCUCACCAAAAUGCCACCCUCCAGAGACGCAGCAGGAUGAGCAGACCCAUUCCAUCAAAUACAUCAUCGUGGAAGAUGAACACUAUGUCCAGCACAAAAGACAGCACCACCACCACAGCAUCAAACACCUCAAACCUAUGCUGGAAGAACUCCCGGCGAUAUGCGAACAGUUUGCCAGCUAGCUCCACCAUGAAGAACGUGAGAAGUGCCAGGCUCAGGUAGUGAAACACCUGCCAAGUGAGUUAUUGGUUACAAUAAAUUAUUGUCUGGAUAGUAGAGCUUUGGUACAGUGAGAAAAAUCAUUAUUUGAUCCGCUGCAGAUUUUGUAAAUUGCGGUAUGUAUACAUUUUAACAGAGGGGGCCAGAUUAUGUAAUGUAAACUUUUUUCACAAAUCCAUAAUAUUGGUCAGUCCCCACAUGGGCAAGUUAUUUUUUUUUUUUUACAAAUCAUUGACCGAUAUAGUGUUGAAAAUGGCUCGCUCUCUCUUUGACAAUGCAAGGUUAACGGCUCAACAAACCGUUUCUUGGGAGGAUAUACUGAAAAGUGAAGGUUUUGAAGCCAGCUACUGUAUGAACUGUAUGUUCCCACUUGUGGUGUGAGAUAUUGAUUCUGUGGAUAAGGUUUCUUUUAUACAUAUCCCCAGUUAAAAUGGGGCCUUCCGAAAAUAAUGUGACUAACUUGUUUGGAGGAGUCAUAAUUCUUGCUGGUUGAUAGGGGGAUCAAAUAUAAUCCUCGGUCGAACACAAAUUCAUGUCUACCAUUUAUGUAAAAUAAAUCCAAAUAAGUCCAACUUCUCUAUCAUUAGACUGGCAGGUGAGCUGGAGCCUAUCUCAGCGGACCUUGGGCUGGCCAAUCGCAGGGCAUCAUUUGUAUGUGAACAAAUCAAAGCGCAAAGGAUCAAAUAAAUUUCUUUUUUUUUUCCACUAUAUUUCCAUCAAACAAAAGAAGUCUCACCUCAGGUGCAACAUGGCCGUGUUCCAGCUGGAUAAUGGAUAAAUCGAUCAGCAGCUCUGCCAGUACAAAAAUGGCAUCCAGGACAACUAAACACACCACCAAUACCUGUCGGUAAAAAUACAAAAAAAUAAAGAAAUAAAUAAAAUCGGAAUGUUUUUAAUUCUCAUAGAAUCGUUGAAUACAGCGUAAUAAUAUAAUUCAGAAAGCGAGAGAAUGCCAGUAUUCUAUUUCCGCUCUCAUAUGUACCGAUGUCUGUUUCAAUAUGUAGUUGGGCGCCACCUGUUUUUUGGUUUGUUUGUUCUUUAACUAAAAAGGAAAGAAAAAGUGUGAGUGUCUAUCAACACUCAGAAGGUUCGUUCUCUGAUCGAAAAGAAACUCUCUCACUAUUCCCAGGUUAUCUAUUUUGUUCCUCGAAUUUAAUUGCUUAUAUUCCUCAAAAACAACAUGUUUAUAAUCAUUCCCCAAUCAUUUGUUCUGCCAAAAACACCCAACGCAAGAGUUUAAAAGGUAUAAAUCAGGAAUCCAUAUGAUCAAGAACACAUCACAGAUCAUCAUACAUUCACACCAAUACGUAUUGUCAUGUGAGCAAAUAUAAAUAUGAAUAUGAGUGUGUGCCUUGCACGCGGAAUUAUUUUCUGGUGCUGUUGAAUGCUGGAGAGGCACCAGCCUCUCGACUAAAGUACAAGCAAAACAGUUCCAAUACGUUGCAUGUAUGUGGUAAAUAGAUAUGGGAGUUUUCUUGGAACAGAAAGAAUAAAAAUACCUUU